AUGUCUGAAGCUAGUGUAACCUCCGAAGCCACAGCCUUGGAUGCUGCGAGGUCCAAACAAUCUCGGCCGAACAACUAUAGUGACGGCCUUACUCGUAACCGGCCUCCAAUGAAGUGUACCAAAUGUGGUUUAGAUAACCACACAAUUAAGGGUUGUUAUGAGAUCAUUGGUUAUCCAGAAGGAUGGGCCCACAAAGGGCGCAAAAAGGAUUCGACCAGAGCCUCAUUUAAAUCCGCUCAGUCAUUCGAGGAGACUGCAUCAGAACCUCCAUCAGGUACAUCUGGCUCCAAGGCCUUGGCCGUCUCAGUUGUCUCUUCACUCGAUUAUGACUUGUUAUCUGUUCCUCAAAUCAUUGAUUCCCUUAAUUAUACUGAGGGGAAAGUUGUAUUAUCUGGACUUGACAUAAGACAGCAGUACGAGAUUGAGUCAGGCACAUCAUGUGAGAGGAGAUGA